UGGUGCAGUCCCUGCAGAGCGAGCCAGGCGCGCAGGCCGCCUCCCCGGAGCCCAGACUAGGAGAGGAGAGACGGAGGAGGUCGGCGGCUCGCCUCCCGCGACAGGGCGCCCAGCUCCAGCGCCACUCCCGCCCAGGUGGGGGGCUCUUCUCCUGCGUGCCUGCCUCGGACCAAAGCGGUGGCGCUCGGGGCUUGGGCUGCGGUCACUUCUGUUCGCUCCCCAAGAAGCGCUGGCUGAAGCCGAGAUUGCGGGGAUUUGGGGUUUUUUUUGGCAUCGAAACCGAAGGAGCGCCGCUAGGAUCCGAAGUGAAACCGAAUUAAAAGUGAAUUAAUUAACAACAACAACAAGUAGAAGGAGAAGAAGGCAAACCCACUUAGAGACGUUAGACAGAAGAAACAGGUGUGAGCUGAGCUCAAGAGGAGAGGAGAAACUGAGACCCGAUGAAGAGAGCCUGGCAGGCAGAAGGUAGCAAGGGAUCCACAUCCCCUUGUUAGGAACGUCCCGUCUCCGCCCUGAAGGCUCUGCUUGCCGGACCUGACUGGGAUCUGCAUCGACCCGCUUGGGAAGAGCCCCCUCCCUCCUCUCCAUCCCUAAGGUUCUUGGGCUGCGGAUCUGGAGCUCACUUGUCCUCACCUUGGCUGGGUUGCAGAUUGGGUCGCGGCCCUCACCUCUAGAGAUGUACCAGAGUCUGGCCAUGGCAGCCAACCACGGCCCACCGGCCGCCUACGAAGGGGCCAGCAGUUUCAUGCACAGCCCAGCCACCGCUUCCCCGGUCUACAUCCCCACCACCACGCGGGUGGCGACCAUGAUCCCCAGCCUGCCUUACCUCCAGGGGAGCGGAUCCUCCCAGCAAAGCAGCCCCGUCUCCAGCCACUCCAUCUGGACUCAGCCGGGGGCCGAGAGUGUCGCCUACAACCCGGGCUCUUCUCACCCCAACGUGUCCCCCCGGUUCUCCUUUGCCACCAGCACCCCCAUCCCGGCCACCACGUCCAGAGAGGCGGCCGCCUACAGCAGCUCGCUCAGCAUUUCGGCCAACAGCCGGGAACAGUACGCCCGGAGCUUCAGUGGCUCCUAUUCCAGCCCCUACCCGGCAGCCUAUAUGAGCCCCGAGUUGGGCACCUCCUGGACUGCGUCCCCCUUCGACAGCCCCAUGCUCCACAACCUCCAGAACCGCGGCACCCCGGGCACUUCCAGGCACCCCAGUCUAGAGUUUUUUGACGAUUUUAGCGAAGGCCGGGAAUGUGUCAACUGUGGGGCCAUGUCCACCCCACUGUGGCGGAGAGACGGCACCGGCCACUAUCUGUGCAAUGCCUGCGGUCUCUACCACAAGAUGAACGGCAUUAACCGACCGCUGAUCAAGCCCCAGAGGAGGAUGUCGGCCUCGCGUCGGGUUGGGCUCUCGUGCGCCAACUGCCAGACGUCGACGACCACGUUGUGGCGCCGGAAUGCCGAAGGCGAGCCCGUCUGCAAUGCCUGUGGCUUGUAUAUGAAGCUCCACGGGGUCCCAAGGCCGUUAGCCAUGAGAAAAGAAGGGAUCCAGACCAGGAAACGUAAACCAAAGAACUUAAAUAAAUGCAAGACAUCAGCCGGGUCGACCAACAGCGAAAGCCUGACCUCAGCCAUUAGCUCGGCCCCCUGCACCACCACCACCACCUGCUCCACCUCCAGCACCGAAGAAAUGCGCCCCAUCAAGACGGAGCCGGGGAUCUCAUCUCAUUACGGGCACCCGAGCCCUAUUCCGCAGGCAUUCUCGGUCACUGCAAUGUCUGGUCAUGGCUUGGCUCAUCAUCACACCAUGUCUGCCCUCAAGCUUUCGCCACAGGGCUACCAGCAGCCAGCCAUCAGCCAGUCUCCGCAGCCCAGCUCCAAGCAAGACUCCUGGAACACCCUCGUCUUAGGUGAAAGCCACGGAGACAUCAUCACGGCAUAACCGUUUUCGGCCUUCCACGGACUUCCGGCUCAUCAGCUCCGGAUACAAAGACAACAUUGGACUGUCCGACAAUGCUGGGGUGUUUAAUUGCUUUUGUUUCGCUCCUUUCUCCACCCGCUUUCUCGAGGGCUGUGGGCUCUGAUUCUAGUAGAACCAUUCCAAAUUAAACGUUCAGGAUGGCUUUCCUGAAGGUAAAGGAGUAAUCUUUCAAUCAACUUCCAUGAAGAUCCUGUCAAGCUUAGAACAACUGAAAGUGAUGUAACCCUAUGACCUCUCCAUGGUCCUGAAUUACAACCACCUCAGAUAAAACUGACAGAAACUCUAACUUGACUCUCCUCCCCCCACCCCACCCCCAAAAUAAUCUUGCUCUGAUGUCUUGGGAAAUGACAACAACACAGCACCCUUGUUGACUUUUGCCAUCUGUUUGUUUCCUGCUCAGGUCAAAUAGGAUGGGAAGUACCUUUUCACACAACACAGAAUUAACCUAUGGAAUUCUCUGCCACAAGAUGUGGUGACAGCCAACAGCCUGGAUGGUUUUAAGAGGGGUUUCAAUAAAUUCAUGGAGGACAGGUCUAUCAAUAGCUGUUCUUAUGAGAAUAUCCUCUUCCUGGGUCUAAAGGCACUGACCUUCCAUGGAGUGGAGCCAUUGCCAAGAUAAUCUGUGCUACAAGCUUUGCAUCCAUGAAUGGUUCUCCCAAACAGCUGGUUCACGUAUGCAUGCCCAUCACAGAAGUGCAAGGUCAAGUGACAAUUUUGCAUGUCUGAAUGAGCCAUCACAGAUCUAGGCCCUCAAAUGAAAUAUUCAGGUUGCUCAACGUCAUCUAAACCACCUGAGGCUAUUAGGUGGAGGCUUUUCACACAUUCAGCUUGUGAGUUGACAAGUAAUCAAGUGCUAAGUAUUUUCCGGAUGGACAGGCAUGUGUGUAACUGCCCCCUGGUUUUGGGAAUGAGGCUGUAGUUCGGUGGAAGAUCACAUGUUUGGCAUGGAGAAAGUCCCAGAUUCGAGCCCUGGAAACAUCUCCAGGUAGGGCUAGGAAAGUCCUCUCUGGAGCCUCGGAGAGGUGAGCCCAGUCAGGGUAGGCCAGGGGUUCUCAAGCUUGGACCCCAAGCUCCCAUCGCCCACAGCCACAGUGGUGAAGCCAUUCCGGCUGGGGACAAUGGACGUUGUAGUCCAACAACUUCUGGGGACCUGUCUUUCAGAAUCUCCGGAGAAGGCAAUCCUGAGCUAAGAUGGCCUGACACAGGUGAAGAGAGCUUCCUAGGUUCCUUUGUAGUCUGGGGUGGAGGUAGCCCAGCAGACAACUGGAGGACUGAUAAAAUGUUGGCCGUCAGCAUCCCAAUACUUCCUAGUACAGAAGUGAGAUGCCGGCGAUCUCGGGGCGAAAUGUGGCCCACUAGGUGGCGAUCUCCAUCUAGCCCAGACCUACUCAAGCCCCCCCCCCCAGCUAUUUUUGAACUACAACUCCCAUAAUCCACAGCCACAGUGGCCAAUAGCUAGGGAUUAUGGGACUUGUAGGCCAACAUCUGCAGGAGGGCUGAAGUUGAGCAGCCUCGAUCUAGCCCGUUGCCAGUCCCAGAGGCAAAAGAGAGAGAGAUGAUGAGGAUGGUGACAGAUAUGUAUCUCCUGCUUUUCCACAGAAGUUUCCAAAGCUGUGGACAUAGAUAUAAAUAAAUAAAUAAAUAAGAUGGCUCCCUGUCCCCAAAGGGCUUACAAGAUUAAAAAGGAACACAAGAGAGACACCAGCAACAGCCACUGGAGGGAUGCUGUGCUGGGGAUGGAGAGGGCCAGUUGCUCUCCCCCUGGAUAAGCAGCCCCUGGGGCCAUGAAAAGAGGCAGCAGGUUAUGGGCUGGUGUGGAUUGGGGCCUGGGACCCCAUUCCCCCCAACACACACAUGAUUGUCAGAGUGGCUCUCCCCCAAACCAGCUGUGGGCCACGACUCCAGGGUUACCAUCCCUGAUAGAACUGGCAGUGAACCUGAAUGAAUUUACUACUUAUUGAGCAGUAAUUGUUGGGCUUCUCCUUUCCAGACCGAGGACUGUAAAAAGCUAGGAUCAAAAGCAAGUGCUUUGGAUGUCAAAUUCCAUGAGAGCACUUCAGAGUUCAGAAGGCCUGCAGAAACAGACCUGGAAAAGAGGCGAGAGCUUUCCAAAGGGUGCCGAAUUGUUCCCCUCCGCUUUUGAGACAGCUGCGACCGGCACUGGUAGAUUCCACCAGUGCACAGGAAACAUGUGAAGACAUCAUUGGUACCCCCUUAAUCACCCACCCCUCUUUUCUACUGAUAAACCUGUUUUUCUGCCUUUCGUAGCUGCAAUUCUCUGGCCACCGCCUGGCAUCGUAUCCCGAGAAGGACGUUCUACCAUCCAGACAUUCUCACACAGGUUCUCUUUGCCAGACAAGGCUAGAAUUGGGGUGUGUGGGAGGACGUCUGAACAGAAGGAGGGCUGUAAAAUCAGCAGGCAUCAGCUUCAGGGCACAACAGGGUUCAUGGGCAUGAGAGGCAAGCCAAGUUCCAUGUCCUGAAAAGCGUCACUAGCUGGCUUCUGCUGACCAGGUGACUGGGAAAGGCCUAAGAGAGGGCAGGUCAACUUUUCUGGUCAGUUGGAAGGUCCCACCUGCCAUAUGUGGUGGCCUGCUAGGUGUGUGGCAAACCCCAGCAGACGGCAAACACCAGCCCGUAGUCCGUGGGCCAGCAGAAAUGGCUAGUGGGCAGUAGUUUGUUUGUAGGCCAGAGUAAAAUGGCCAAGAAAAUAACGGCAGACAGGAGAAGGAGGCCUAACCGAACUCCCCAACGAACUGUGCUGGUGUAGUGGGGAAGUGGCCAUUUUUUACCCCCUCCCCUUCUCCAGGAAGGUCUCUGUGCCACCCCAAAAUAUGUCCCCGAUGGCUGCAAAACCCUCGGGGAAUAUUUUUGGGUGGCACAGAGGACUUCCUGGGAAGGGGGAAGUGUCAAAAUUUUGCAGUUGCCAGUGCAGUUAGUUGGGAACAGAGGCGCUCUUACCCCCGGACCUUGGGGCCCCGACCUGUGGCCUCUAAGGUCCGGGGCGGGGGGGCUCCUGCCACCGCCACAAGUCCCCUGCCACCGCCGCCACGAGCCCUCCCCUGCUGCCAACGCAAGGCUGAACGCCACUCUUUCAAAGUAGUCUAGCCGCAAUGUGAGCAGCCGGGGGGUGAGGGGUGAGUCGAGCAGGGCUCCCCCCACCCCCCAUGGUGUUGGCAGACGGAGCGGGAGCGGCUGCUGACCCUGACUGUCCGGCCCAGUGGCCCUUGAGAACUGCGAGGCCCCCCAGCACGCCUGCCCAGUUUUGUUUGUUGCUGGACUACAACUCCCAUCAUCCCCAGCAGCCGUUUAUUGCCAUUGGGGGUGAUGGGGGUUGUAGUCCAGGUUGAGCCACCUCUUGAGCUGAACUCUGAAUAGCAGAUUAAAAUUGAUCUGUACCAGACCUGAUGAAAAAGAAACCUCAAGAGGGCUCUCCUUCCCGUUUUUCUAUUUGACAGUUUGCCUUGCAGGGUGAAAUGGCAGUUGUUGGGUUUCUUUAGGCCAAGGGUUGCCAACACUGGGUUCCCAGAUGUGGCUGGACUACAACUCCCAUCACCCCAGCUGCAAUAUUGCUGCUGGCGACAAUGAUGGGAGUUGUAGUCCAGCAACAUUUGGGGAUCCAUGUUUGAGAUCUCCUGCUUUCAUGCAUUCAGAUGUCCAGAGAAGUCCCCAUGAUCCACUGAGCCAAAUACAGCCCAGCAGGGUCUAAAUGAACCUCCAGUGAAGCCCAGCAUAGCUCAGAAGCUCCCCAGUGUCUUAACAAUAGAGGCAGCGUGGUGUAAUGGUUAGAGUGUUGAAGUAGUAGGCUCAGGCUCAAAUCCCCAUGCUCCCAUUAGGAUAACCUUGGACCAGGCCCUGUAUGUCAGCCUAACCUACCUCACAGGGUUGUUGUGAGGCUAAACAAGGAAGGGCCAUUUAUACCACCCUGAGCUGCUUGUAGAAGAGGCGGGCUAAAUAAAUAAAUAGUAAACCUCCUUAGUCGUGGCUUCUCAGCCUUGGGGCCCAGAUGUCACUGGACUACAACUCCCAUCAUCGGUGGUGGCUGGGGAUGAUGGGAGUUGUAGUCCACCUGCCCCUGAGUACCCAUGGUUGAAAACCCCUGUACAUGAAUUAUGGGAGCACAGGUAGGGGAAAUCCUUAAUGAAACCCGCAACCCCCAGCCCACGACUUUAGCCAUCUUAUGGUCCCCCUGAAGUCUUGUCAGAACAGUAGCAAACUGGAAGAAAAGAUUAAGGAACCAGACUUCCCCUGGUUUGCUGCCGGCCUGUGAUUUUAAAGGGGUGAAGUUCUCAAGCACCUGGCAGGCCACAAUACACAACUGGCAGCAGGCAGUGUUGACAUGGUGGGUCUCAGGUUGUGCAGGCUUGACUUAGUCCAUGAGAUUGUUUUGUUUUGCUUCUAAAUGCACAAUCACAGAAGCCUCAGACACCCAGCCCGAGUAAAACCAGAGCAGACAGUGUCAGAGUUGGGCUGCUUUUUCAUUUUUCUUCAUUUGCCCUUGCACCAAGCAGGCUGCUUCUCAGACAAAGGGAGCCCCAUUUCACACGUGCUUUUGCAUGCUCAAUUCUGCAGGGUGAUGGCGUAUGCAUCUCGUAUCCCACCAUAGAGCUGGUUUUUUCCCCAUAGCCUGUAAGCAUGUUAUCAAAAGUAAGAAGUGGAUGCUGAAGUGCAUAUGCAUUGUGAAAAGUAAAACUUUGGUUGCCAACUCUUUUUACUGGCCCUGUUCUUGGGCCUUGGGCAGCAGCCCAGCAUACAACUUAGCCAAUAUGGAAACUGAGUUUCCCCAUCAGUUUUAGCUCCAUGCCAAGAAAAAGUCAUCUGUUAAAUUUCUACUUGCCAGUCUGCUAUUAAAACCACCCUGAGCCGUAUCAGAAGGGCGGUAUAUAAAUCAAAUUAAUUAAUUAAUUAAAGACAAAGGAGCAGGAGCAGUUUAAAAAGUUGGCAACCAUAUCUGCAUGCGUUACAGGUUGGACACCUUGUUCUCAUUGAGGUAAUCAAUGUGUGUUUGGACUGCACCACUUCUGAAUGUAGCUGAAGGCUCACAUACGUGAAUACGGCUCCGUAAAAAACAAAAAAGUCCCUACACAGAAAACUUGCUUAUAAGGGAAGCUUUUUCCUUGACAAGCUAAUUUUCGAUGUGCAGGAUUUUUUUUUAAGGCGGAAAAUUCAGUCAGGCAUGCUCUCACCUGUAAUCUGAAGUGGUACAGCCCAGAGAUGGCUGUACCAUUUGACCACCUCUGGGAGAACUAAAAUCUUAGUUCACUAUCGUCCUUGAUAAGUAAAGUUGUGCUGUCGAGUCUGUGUUGACUCCUGGCUUUCUUUGGCAGAAUACAGGAGGGGUUUACCAUUGCCAUCCUCCACGCAGUAUGAGAUGAUGUCUUUCAGCAUCUUCCAAUAUUGCUGCUGCCUGAUAUAGGUGUUUCCCAUAGUCUGGCAAAACAUACCAGCGGGGAUUCGAACCAGCAACCGCUUGCUCCCUAGGCAAGUUACUUCCCCGCUGCGGUCAGUAAACCCAAGCUCCAUCUCAGAUUUAGGGGCCUAGCAUUAAUGCCCCAGACUAGUCUUUGGGCCAGGAACAAGAUUGGCAGCCUUAAAGUGAUAUGCACAUACAUACUUUUUCCUCCCCUGCAAAAAACAAACCCAUCCUCAUAUUUUUAGUAUGGUAAACUCCUGCGUAAAGCUUCCCUAGCUUCCUGGCACAAUGCUGUUCAAAACGACGAUUACUCGUAUAUUGAAAGGGAAACCAGGGACCUGAACAAUUUUAAGAUUAUUUAAAAGUUGUAAUAUAUAUGUAUGUAUGUAUGUGUGUGCGAGUGUGUAUGUGUGUGUAUAUCUAUUACAAAGCAUUAUGGCUACCAACUUACAUACCAGUUUCACUCGUUAGAAUGAAUGCAAAUAAAACAAUAGGCAUUAAUUUCCAAAUAAA